AGCUCCUUCCCCACUCUCUCUCUCUCUCUCUCUCUCUCUCUUCAAAUUUGUGCGUUCUAAUCUCUCUCUCUCUCUAGAAGACUAGAACAAGAAGAAGUUAUGGCGGAUUGGGGGCCAGUGUUGAUCGCCGUGAUCCUCUUCGUGGUUCUAUCGCCGGGACUACUUUUCCAGAUUCCGGCGGGAGGUCGAGUUGUCGAAUUCGGGAAUAUGCAGACCAGUGGCGCGUCUAUUCUUGUUCACGCCAUCAUCUUCUUUGGUCUCAUCACUAUCUUCACAAUCGCCAUUAACGUCCACAUCUAUUCCGGUUAAACUGUGUAGCCAGAACAAAACCGGUUCUGUUUUUGUUAUUUUGAUUGUAAGAUCUCUGGAUUUGUUUGUAACAUUUUCGGUUUUGUGAAUAUAAUCAAAAAUUUCUUAUUCUAUUUUUACUUUUUGGA